CAUACACUGCUGAAAUUGCUGUUUGAUCUGCUUGUUUAACUUACAACAUCUUUUUUCUAAAUUAAGGGAAAUAUUUACUACUAAUACUACACAAUACAACAACCAAAAAAAAACAAAAAUAUAAAAAAAGAGUUUAACAUAAAAAAAAUACCAGCAACACACAACUUCAAGGAAGGAGCUACAUAAAACGUUCCUUUUUCGUUUUACUUUUCUUCUCUUCCCCGUCAUAUUCACAAAAAACAAAACCGCCGAUUGAUAAAGUUUAUAAAUUAAAUAAAUUCAUUCAUCUGUAAGUCAUCACAUAUUUUGAAAAAUGAAAAUUCCUCUGAACAACAUCAACAAAAAAGUGUAAUCACGAAAUUCUAAAGCGCUUAAAAAGUUUACGAAUUUUCCUUAUAAAGUUCGGAUUUAAGAGACAAAAAAAAGAAACAUUUAAAAAAAGUGUAACAAUUGUGAUAAGUUGAAAUUGAAAAUCAAGAAGUAAAAAAAAUCUGUUAAAUUAGAGUUAUUAAUUGAGAAUAGACAACAAACGGGUCUGAUAAACAAAGUCAUCAACAAGCAUUUAGUGGCAAAUUUAAUAACAUUAAAAGAAAUCACAGAAAUAGCACUCCUCAGGACUCGACUAAGUUUCUAUUGCUUUCAUCUUCAUAGCCAAAAACGCUUUUUUGGGAAUAGACAAUUAAUAAGUUUAUAUUUUCGAUUGGAUCUUUCGUAAAAAAAUUUCUCUCUCGUCACUCUUAAGUUAAUCCAACUUUUUUGUGGAUAUUUUUAAUAGGCUUAAACACAAGCUCUAAAAAGUGAUUUAAUUCAAAAUAAAAACAAAACGAUUUGCAUAAUUUAUACCAAAAAAAAAGAAAAACAAUAAAUUGUGAAACGAUUUUAAGUGAAAAUUUGAUAAUAAUUUCAUCAAAAAGAAAAAAAAUAAGAAAAGUUUGAAGUUUGCAAGCAGUCAACAGUUCAACAUCUAAUGCAAAACAGCAAGAAAUUAAUAAAAUUCCAUCUAUAAAGUAUCAUCAGAGCAGUGGAAUAGAAAAUUCAAGCGCGCUGCUUCAAGCGUCUAUUCAUGAAAAUUGUUAUCACAUCAAAACAGCACACAAUCAACACAUUAAAGUACAAAAUUUAAAGAAAGAACUUUUUUUGGAAUAAAAUUGAGAAGCGAUAUAAAAUUGAAAUAAUAAAUCUGUUGAAAAUUACGACAGUGUUGUAGUUCCAACGAAUAAAAGCAACUUAAAAAAGUUUGACACUUUAUUUCCUUUCUCGAUAUCGAAAUCAGAAAAAAAUAUUUAAAAAAGAAAUCUGUUUUGUUUAUUUGUGUUAACAAUGUUCUAAACAUACCACCAAAGGAAAAUAAAAAACAUUGAUAAUAACUUGAAAGUGAAGAAGCAUACAUAGCUCCAAGGGAGAAGUCGCGCGCGCUUGAAGCAGCCUGGGCUACGAAUUCUUUCGCGAAGCGCAUAAAGAAAGACAAUUUUAAUUUAAUUUAUUUUUUACAUUUUACGUAAAAAAUUCUUUUUAAAAGUUAUAAGGAAAAGAAUUAACAAUUCUGUGAUAAAAACGAAAUAAAUAAUAAAACUCAUAAUUAAUUAAUAAAAAGAAAAGGAAAAGGCAAAUGAAAGUACAGAAAAAAGUUUGAUAGCGAAAACUAGCGGCAAAAGGUGAACGGAUAAGGUGGACGUUCUAGUCCGAUAAGAAACAACAAUAAAUAACAAAUUGAAAGCGUAAACUGUGUCCUUGUUGUAAUAAUAUCGCUGAAAGUUUAUGAACACAAAACUAAUUGACAGAAGAAGAAGGAUUUAGAAAGAAGUAAGCGAAAGGAAAGAAAAAUAAUCGAAAAGUGAAAGAAAAACAUUUUCAAAUAAGAAGGAAAAAUUAUAAGACUGUAUUGCUAAGUAAUAAGAAGUGAUUUAUUCUAUUCUACUCUAAUUGUUAUUGAUAACAAAAUAAUAAAACAAAAAUAAAUACCCGCGAAAGCAUCUAGAAGAAGAAAAAUUUAACGUACCAUAAACUGAUAGUGAAACUCCAGACUGGAAUAAAAACAUAGGAAAAUCCUUAGCGGAAUCAUUUUUUAGAUUCAUAAACGGAAGCGGAAGUUCAUCAAAUCCACCACAUCGAGUCAAUCUGUAAUUCAGUGAUCUUUUUUAUCUGUUCAGUUGGAAUUUCCAAACCAACUCAUAUUGAAGAAAUAGUAAAGAAAAAUAAAGUGAAAAAUAAAAGAAGCUAGAACUUCUCGAACGAUCAAGAACAGGAUUCUUUAAGGCAUCAUCGAAACAAAUUGGCAAACACUAAAUUCUUUAACCAAGAGUAGCUGCAGCCUCUGCUGAUAAUUAUAAAAAAAUAACAAAAUUGAGAGAACAAUGAGUGGCCAAACCAAACCAUUUGAUUCAUCCUUUCUGGAUUUUUCGGAUUUCUCAUCACGAGAUUUGUUUUCGAGCUUUGGUAAUAAUCAUAUCGGCUCGUUGACACCAACAUCUCCAGCACCACGUCUUAUCACCAAUAACUCGAACAACAAUAACAACAACAACAACUUUCCUAUUGGAACUUUCUCAAUAGAUUCACUUCCAUCGACCAACAACACGUCGUCAAUCUUUGGAAAUGGAGGAAAAAUGUUUGGAUCGAAUACGUCGACAAUGGACUUCAACUCUUCGGCGUUGACUUUGAUGAAUGGAUUAUCUGUUGCUGGUGGAAAUAUGAUGAAUUCGCAUAACAACAAUAAUUUCAAUCAUGCUUCAACCAACGGUUUACCAGCUGAUCAAGGUCAAGGCACUCGCGAGACUGGGAUCAUCGAAAAGUUGCUUCAUUCUUACGGCUUCAUUCAAUGUUGUGAACGUCAAGCACGUUUGUUCUUUCAUUUCUCGCAAUUUGGUGGGAAUAUCGAACAUCUUAAGAUUGGUGAUCCCGUUGAGUUUGAAAUGACAUACGACAAGCGAACCGGAAAGCCAAUAGCAAGUCAGGUAUCGAAGAUUGCGCCUGAAGUUGUACAUCGUGAAGAGCGUGUAACUGGCACAGUAACAACUGAAAUUCGUUCCGUCAAUGAACCGAUUGCUUUAAACCCAGCAGCUAGUGAGACUACUGGUCGCAUCUCUUAUGAGAAUCGCGGUGAGUGCUUUUUUUUACCUUAUACCAAAGACGAUGUUGAAGGAAAUGUUCAACUGAAAGCGGGUGAUAAAGUUUCAUUCCAAAUUGCGACAAACAAUCGCGGCAAUUUGGGCGCAUGUCAUAUUCGUCUCGAAAAUUCAAUUCACCCAGUUAAAUAUCGUGGUGUUGUCUGUUCAAAGAAAGAAUCUUUCGGAUUUAUUGAGCGUGGUGACGUUGUUAAAGAAAUUUUCUUUCAUUGCUCGGAGGCUGAGGGAACAUAUCUUGAGAUUCGUCCGGGUGAUGACGUGGAAUUCACGAUUCAAACAAGGAAUGGAAAAGAAGUUGCAUGUAACAUCACACGUCUACCACCAGGCUCUGUUAUUUUUGAAGAUGUCAAUCCAACAAUAAUGAAAGGCAAAGUGUUGAAGCCAUUAGAAUUGAAUAAUCCUUUAUCCCAACAACCGAGUGAUCCACUUCCCGGCCGAAUUAAAUAUCGUGCUGCUGAUCAUUCAGAGGUCGAAGUGCCGUAUGGUGACAAGGAUCAAAAAGGUGACUUUACUUUACGUCAUGGAGAUUGGGUUCAAUUUAUGUUAGCAACGGAUCGUCGCGAUCAACUCCAACGUGCCACAUGCAUUUCGUUGCUUGAUGAUACUUUCCAGUUAAGUGGUGAAAAGCGCGAACAAGGUGUAGUCGUUCAAUUGAAGGAUGGUUUUGGUUUUAUAAGAUGUGUUGAAAGAAGCGUUCGUUUAUUCUUCCAUUUUACGGAAGUUUUGGAUACAAGUCGUGAAAUCAGUGUUGGUGACGAAAUCGAAUUUACUUGCGUUCAAGAUCCAACAUCGAGCUUCAGCAAUCCCCGUUUGAGUGCCAUUCGUAUUAAGCAUCUGCCGGAAGGAACUGUUAAAUUUGAGACUUUGAUUGAAAGUGGGGUUGAAGGUAUUGUAACACGUGAAGCUCCAAAAAGCCCUGUGAAGAGUCAAGAACGAACUGAGGGUGGUGUCAUAACUUAUGGAAUUGGGAAUAACAAAAAGACCAUCAUGUAUUUUUUGAAAGAUUGCGAUAAAGCGCCAAGAAUCGGAGAUACUGUCAAGUUUAACAUCUGUCAGGUCAAGAGGAACAAAGAAUUCAUUGCUACGAAUAUUCAGGAGAUUUUCAAUCCAUUUCAAGUUGCUCAAGUGUCGCAACCUAUUGAUUUACAAAAACUUUUUAUGCAUCAACUUCAACAACAAAACGUUCCAAUUGCACAAAUGAUGCCUCAACAGCAACCAACAGUUGAAACUCCAGUUACUAAUGGUACUGCUACUAAUCCCUUGUUAAAUGGCUGCACCACGAUGGUUACAAACACAAACAUUAACGUCACAAUCUUAAAUGGGGCUAUAAAUGGUGUAAACAAGCAAUACGAGGCCGAUAAAUUUAAGAUGCAUCAAGGAUUUAUUGCUGUAUUAAAGGACAACUUUGGAUUUAUUGAGACACUUGAGCACGAUCAAGAAGUUUUCUUCCACUUUAGUAAUUUCAUUGGUAAUACAAAUCACUUGGAAUUAGGUCAAGAAGUUGAAUAUUCGUUGACAUCUUCGCGAAAUGGAAUUACGGGUGGGAACUGCAUUCCUGCUGAGAAUGUCCGCUUGUUGCCUCGAGGAACAAUUGUUCAUCCAACAAUACUUGAUGGAACUUAUAAUGGUGUUGUUAUUCGUCCAUUACGUUGUAUCAAUCCAGAUCAAGAGGAAUACAGUGGAUUGAUUCAAUUAAAAGGUGAAAACGGUGAAAAUCUUUCUCAACACAAAUUUGGCAUCACCAGUUUGACCAACAAACGUGAUUUAUUGCAAAAGGACGAUUGUGUCAUUUUUAAAAUUGACGAAACUCAAAGAGCUGUUGAAGUAUCGGCUGUUCGUCAGAAGAAACGAGCAGUUGUUGAUUCCAUCAAAGGACAAUUUGGUUUUCUUGACUACGAAGUUGAUGAGGGUAAAAAACUCUUCUUCCACAUGUCUGAAGUUCAAGGAAGCAGUUACAGCUUGUAUUCUGGCGACACUGUUGAAUUUUCCAUCAUCACAAAUCACCGCACUGGCAAAACAUCAGCUUGCGGUGUUGUUAAGAUUCAAGAUUCUUCUCCCAGACCCGAACGUUUGAUUUCUCGAAUUAAAAUCAAUUCUAUCGAUGAAAGUGCGCCUCGAUUAACAGCUAUUCGUGCGCCUAAAGGACCAGAUGGCUCCAAAGGAUUCAAUCCUGAAGCUCGUUUACCACGCAUUGCAGGUGUUUUGGUGGAAUAAAUUUUGAUUUGCUCAUCUCUUCCGAUUUAUUUUAAAAACUUUUCAAAUAUCCAACAAUAUGAAUCAAUUGCAAAUGAAUGAAACCUAAGGCUACAUACUAUCGACAAGUAUUAAAAAGAAGAAAACAAAACAAGAUUAAUUGGAAAGCCUCAGCUUUAAAGCAACAACUCCUUUUUCAAGAAGUAACAAAUUUAAAAGAAAUUGCAUUAAAUAUAAAUGAAACUAAAUAUUACAACAAAAAAAAAUGAUUGCAAAGCAUAAAAAGUUAAUAAUUUAAUCUCCCAAGCAACAAACAUACGAAAAAAAAAACUUUGAAAAUCUUACCAAAAAAAUGAAAAAAAUUGUCGAAAAAAAAACCCAACAAAAAAACGUGAAGUAAUAAACAAUAAGAAACUAAGAAACAUCAACGAUAAAAUCAAAGAUGAAAACUUAAA